CCUCUGCCUCUCUUUUAUCCGAGUGUUUGUGGUCCCCACAUUCCCACAGCAGCUCUGAGGCGUGGAGCGUCACAUGUCACCAUGAGAGUCCUGCCGUGCAGCGUCCUCCUCCUGCUCCUCCUCCUCUGCCUCCCCGCCACCGCCGAGGCCAAGCGCCAGCCCGGUGAGGGGAAGCCGGACAAACCCCGCCAGCCCCCGCCGUCCCCCCAACCCCCGGCCAAACGGGCUCGGAACCGCUCGGUGCCGGGCUCCGGGGAGCUGACCACCAAGGAGGGCCACAGCUGCACCUGGCAGACGUCCGGCGAGGGGCUGGUCCGCCUGCUGGUCAACUGCAGCGCCGACGCGCUGGGAGUCCAGCAGAGGUACUGGUGCCGCUACGCCGGCAAACCCGACCUUUGCCAGGCCUACGGCGUGAAGUCCAGCCAGUACUGGAAGCAGCUGGUGGGGAAGCUGAAGAAGAGGCAGAACGCCUGCGAGGGAGAGAAAGUCCUGAAGGCCAAAACCUGCAAGAAGGCCCCCGCCGAGGCCCACAUGAAGCUGGCCCAGCGCAGCGGGGACGAGGAGAGGAAGGGCGGGAAAAAGAGAGCGCCGCCGGCCGCCAAGGGCUCCGACGCGGGGAAGGCGCCGAGGAGGAAGAACAGGGAGGAGGAGGAGGAGGAGGAGGAGGGGGCGGAGCAGAAGAAGAAGAAGAAGAAGGAGGAGGGGGAGGAGGACUGGAUGGGGUUCGACGAGGAGGGCGUGGUGAACGACAUGGCGCCCGUGCAGACCUACUGCAACGGGGGGUGGCACUCCGUCUGCUCCUUCUUCGUCAAGUUCUUCGAGGGCUGACGGGGGAGGGAGGGAGGGAGGGAAGGAAAUGAGGGGCUCGCGUCGCGAGGCCACGUCGGUGCGAAUUCACAAUCUUAGAAAAAAAAACAAAAAAAACACAAGAAAGAUGUUUAAAACGGAAACAGACGCAGAGCAGGAGACACCUGCGGCAGCUUCUUCUUUCCACUAAGCCGAAUGAGCACGAAGUAAAAAGCGGAAGGGUCGAUGAUGAAGUUCUAAAUUGUACAAAACAAUUAUAAUAAACCUACCAUUACUAAAUAAAAGACAUGAAUGUUCCUCCAAGCCACAUAAAUCCGGGGGGGGGGGGGGGGGGGACACAGAUAAAUAAUAUUUGAAAGGAGGAAUCAUGAAUCAUUGUGACUAAUGAACGUUGGUGUUGUGUUAACUGAGCGUCUGUAACUUUAGGAAGUGUUAUUUUAACUGUGUAGGUUUUGAACUUUCUGAAUAACUAAUAAAAAAAUAGUGUUUUAGUGCUCAAUCAAUCAAUCAAUGACUGAUCAUCACUGAUGAUGAUGAUGAUGGUGGUGGCGGUAAUAGUAUUGAUCACUGUCUUAUUUUCGUGGCGUAGAGAGUUAAUAUUUUCUGUAAACUUUGUGAAACCGUUCUGUUAAAUGUGAUUUGCGGCAGCUCGACUCAAGCAGCCUUUUUUUGACCUAAAACCUUAACAUUGUUCCCGGAAUUCUUUAAAUAAAAAAAACUUGCAAAAAAAUGA